AUGGCUGCUGAUACAGCUCCAUUCCCCCCCCAUUCUUGGCUUGGCUACGGCCUCGACUUGACAUCAAUCACGCCCACCAACAUUACUACUGUUACCCAACACGUGCUCAGAGCUAUCCGUAUUAUCGAGCUCAAGCGAGGUGGCACGGUGCAAACCUAUGGCGGCGUCACCUGGACCGUACCGGAUAAUGUUAAUGUUGCUGCCGAUGCCGGUAACUCGGAAACUUCCCAGACCUCUUACACCAAUGGAUCUGUAGCUGCCAGUAACUUGGAAGCUGAUGCCUCUCUUUCUGGCCAAUACCUGGCGGUCUCCGCUGGUGCAUCUGCCAAUUACUCCAUUAGCAAGACCUUCCAUUCGAGCUACCAGUAUUUCAUGUUUAACUUCAGGCAAGUCCUCCUGGAGGUUGGUCUCGAAAACUUUGCCGAAAAUCAAUACCAAAGAGCUUGCAUGGCACAUGUUGUGAAGACCUAUAAGACCUUCUUUGGCACCUUUGGAUCCCAUGUUGUUACUGGCACAACUUAUGGGUCACGGUUCCAACUGGCCCAAUUCAAUGGUCUCACCGCCAGCGGAAACUUCGAUGCGUCCAUCAAGACAACAGAUCAGUAUAAGACUUUCGAGACAUCAGUACAAAAAAACUGCUCCUGCCAGGGCGGGGACACAAGCAUUGGGACCAAAAUUGCUUCCGAUCCCACCACCACGGAUGUCUACACCAGUUACGCAUCCUGGACUAAGAGUUCUCAAACCACCCCGGGGGUCAUGACUAUGCAGACAAUGAGUCUUUGGGAACUUAUGACCGCCGCGAUGGAUGACACGCUGAAUCUCCGCGCCGGAGACGUCGAAAAAGCCUUCAGCUGGAUCGUGGAGAACCCGGCCACCCACCACACCAAGUGCACGCUCAUUGUUAACUCGGACUGGGGUGAAGUUGGCUUGUUGAACCCUUCCGCGUUCAUCAUUCCCGAUCCCGACAACCCACCCCCAACGGACAAGACCAUCUUCUCGCGUACGAAGAUCAGAUGGGGUCUAGAACAUUCGCACGAUUUUCAGAGAGAAAUCAGAAUUGACUUCAUCAUUCAAAACGACGGUUCUCCUGUAGAUAUUGAGCUCUCUCAUGGCAGUGAUGGGUCCACUUCCGGUAGUGGUGCUUGCUCGGCCAUCAUCGGCAAUGAACCACAAUAUGACAACACGGGUAUCCAAGACAACAAUUGGAACACAAAGUGGUUUUACAAGUGCCCGGUCAACCCAAACCCUGUGGCCAGACAACCCUAG